AUGUCUUCCAGCAAGUCCCAAUCUAGCAACCAAAUGAGCAAGGCCGAUGCCGAGCGCAUUCAAUCCGCUACUGCCAAGUCCGGAGGCGACAUGUCUUCUGGUGGCUUCCCGGCUCGCGCUCAGAGUGCCGCUGAUCGUAACGCCAACGCCGCGAACAUGAGCGGUGAUAUGGGCGGCAAAAUGGGCAGCGACAUGGGUGGCAAGAUGGGCGGCGAUAUGAGCAGCGGCAGCAAGAAGGACUAA